AUGGGGAGAAGAGCAAAAAACAAGCAAGGGUUACCACCUACAUACGACGAGUUCCAAGCACUGAAGGAGAAAAAAGAGCUGAAAAAGAGAAAAGUUCACGACGAUGCUUCAACAUCUUCUCAUAAAAAGCCAAAAUCGAGUUCAAAAGAAAGGACUGUAGAAAAGUUAAAGACAUCAAGUCAGCCCCAGAAGAAAUCAAAGCGUGCAAAUACAAAGGAAGAGUCUGUUUCUGAAGAAGAUGAGUUGCCAGAAGUUGAUUUGGAGGAGUUGGCAUCCGCAAGGAAAUCUUUAUUUGAUGAGUCUAAUGACGAAGAACUGGAACCUGACUACAACGAGGAUGAACUCAAUGAUGAAUUUGAGGAUGGAGAUUUGGAACAAGUGGGAUCAGAUGAAGAAGACCGAGUAAAGCACAUGUUUUCCGAUGAUGAAGACGAUGAACAAGAUUUAGAAGACUUGAAUGCGGAAAAUAUGGAAGCAUACUCUAAGCAACUUGAUGACGAGGAUGAACUCGAAGCUGAGGAAGCAGAAAAGGAGUUGCUCGAAGAAGGAACAGUUCAGCCUCGGGCUAAGGUUUUGCCAACUGAAGCCGAGGAAGAAGAAAUGGCCCAGGGCCCACAGGAUGUGACCAUGGUGAGAACAAGAAUGCUUGAAAUUGUAAAAGUGUUGGAUAACUUCAAGACGUUGGCUGAGGAAGGGAAAUCGAGAACGGAUUACGUGACAAGAUUAGUCAAGGAUAUUUGUGAAUAUUUCGGCUACUCUGAAUUUUUAGCCGACAAAUUGUUCAACUUGUUUUCACCUUCAGAAGCUAUUGAAUUUUUCGAAGCCAAUGAAACAGCAAGACCAAUAACGAUAAGAACAAAUACUCUUAAGACUAGAAGAAGAGAUCUAGCCCAGAACUUAGUCAAUCGUGGUGUUAAUUUGCAACCUAUUGGUUCGUGGACAAAAGUAGGAUUACAGAUUUUUGAUUCGCAAGUGCCAAUUGGUGCCACUCCGGAAUAUUUGGCUGGACAGUACAUUCUUCAAGCAGCAUCUUCUUUUUUACCAGUGAUUGCAUUAGACCCGCAAGAGAACGAACGUGUAUUGGAUAUGGCUGCAGCACCAGGAGGGAAAACUACAUAUAUCUCAGCAUUGAUGAAGAACACAGGAUGUGUAUUCGCCAAUGAUGCAAACAAGGCAAGAACAAAGUCUUUAAUUGCAAACAUACAUCGUCUAGGAUGUAAGAAUACUAUUGUGUGUAACUACGAUGCAAGGGAGUUUCCCAAGGUCAUCGGGGGUUUUGAUAGGAUACUAUUAGAUGCACCUUGUUCUGGUACGGGUGUUAUAGCGAAAGAUGAGAGUGUCAAAGUCAGCAGAACCGAAAAAGAUUUUAUGCAAAUCCCACAUUUACAAAAGCAAUUGUUAUUGUCUGCCAUUGAUUCUGUGGAUGCCAAUUCAUCUACAGGUGGUGUCAUUGUUUACUCCACUUGUUCUGUUGCAGUAGAAGAAAACGAAGCAGUUGUUGAUUAUGCAUUGAGAAAGAGACCUAAUGUCAAGUUGGUCGAAACUGGUUUGGCUAUUGGUAAAGAAGGGUUCACGUCCUAUCGCGGAAAGCAUUUUAACCCAAAGUUGAGUUUGACUAGAAGGUACUAUCCUCACAUCUACAAUGUCGAUGGGUUCUAUGUGGCAAAAUUUAAAAAGAUUGCAUCUUCACCACACGACGUCUCCAAGGCAGGUGCAAAGGAAAAGGAGAAUGCAGCAAGGGCUGAAGCAGAAGAAGAAGGUAUUAUUCAUGAAGAUUUUGCCAACUUUGACGAAAAAGAAGACGCGGCUCUUAUCGAAAAAUCAAAGAAGCACAGUUUGAGAAAAAAGGGUAUCAACCCAAAUGCUAAAAAGGCGUAA